CAAUGAAGUUCUUGCGGCUCUUGACCUUGUGCGCGUCCAAAGGUGAAACGAUGUUACCGUCGCCUGUGCCGCGGUAAUACAGUGGCGGGCCCGGGCUCCGGCCUCGGAAUUUAGAAGUCGGUUGGACCGAGCCUGCAUCGACGUCAUGAAGCAAUGACUUUUCGCAAAGAUAAAAGCUCCGAACUGCACGAAGACCUGCUCUAAGUCUGUUCAGCACAUCUAUCUAAACCGAGUACAGCCUGACAGUGUCACACCUCCACUAUGCGCUCGUCAAUGUUAUCCAGAGGGCGCCAACUAGGCCGCAUCUGUGACGGCUGUCGGCAAGAGCGCAAUUUCACAACAGCACCCAACUUGGCGCCCGUAUGCAGCAGAGCGACGCAAAGCUACGUGCAAUCCUCCUCAAUCACUAGCUCGCACGCACGAUUGACCAUUCCUUCGCAAAUACGCUGGCUCUCUACUUCUUCCACACCGACGAGCAGCAGCAGCGCAGAACAGCCCUCUCCCGACGCCGCGACCACCUCGUCGUUCAAGCCGCAACCGCCGCAAACGUACUACGACAUCUUCCCGCUUUCGCUCCCCGCCGGCCCUCCGCCCGACGGACCCUUCGAAAUCGACGUCCGCGCCCUGCGCCGCGAGUUCCUGCAACUGCAAGGCAAAGCGCACCCGGACCUGCACCCGCCAUCGAUGAAAGCGCGGGCUGAAGCCAUGUCGGCGCGCAUUAACGAGGCGUUCAAGACGCUCUCAUCGCCGCUACUGCGCGCACAAUAUCUCCUAUCUCUACAAGGGCUCGACGUGGCGAAUGACGAGACGGCGAAGGUUGAAGAUCCGGCGCUGUUGAUGGAGGUCAUGGAGGCGAGGGAGGAGGUGGAGGAGGCGGAGGAGGAGAGUGAGUUGGAGGCAUUGAGGAGGAGGAAUGAGGAAAGGGAACGGGAGAGUGAGGGCGUGUUGGCGGGGUGUUUUGGGGAGGGGGAUUGGGAGGGUGCGGUUAGGGAGUGUGUGAGGUUGAGAUAUUGGUGUAAUAUUAAAGAGAGUAUACAUAAUUGGGAGAGGGGUAAGCCGAUUAUUCUUGAGCAUUAGGGGCUGGGGGAGGAAAUGAGCGCUGAGAGUCUAUGAUUAUGGGACCCGCGACGGGCGAGGUGCGCAUGGAGGAUAUGGUAUGGCACGUAUGGCACGCAGUCUCUUGGUAUAUUGCGAAUGAUUUAUUAGAGGCCAGGCGCAUGGUAUUGGAAUAGAACGUGUGACAUCGAAAACGGUUUACUUGCGCAUGGCUGGGUAUACGGGGAAAGGAUGGCCAUGGUGCGUUCAGAACUAGUCCUCCCGGUCGAAUCGCAAGAAGUCGAUUGUUUCCCUACAUACAUCGUAAUGGAAUAUCAUGACAGGCCACAGAAUAGAAGAUUUCUAAAAGUUCCGUGGAAUUGUAUCUUCUGUGUAUUGACCUGGCCGCUAUCGUAGUAUAAUAGAAC